AUGGCUUUCAUGGAGACUUUGUUAUCUCUAAUUUAUCUCCUCUCAAGUGCUUUGCUACUACAUGUGGCUGCUGUUGAAGGUCCCAAGGCCAUCACUUUAAGUCUCAUCCAUCCUUUCUCGAUCCACUCACCUUUCUAUCCAGGGAACAUAACAGAUGUGGAGAAGAUUGAUCUACUUGUUCAUGCCACAGAAGCUCGCAUGCGUCAUCUAUUCUCAACGACAACAAUGAGAGAAGGAAACUGGAAUGAUAGCAUUGUAGACGUUGAUCCCAACGACAUAGUGACAAAACUGCAAUUUAUUGGUGCCUACUAUGUAGCCCAAGUGGGUAUAGGUUCAUUUCCACCUGUUCCUGGCCCAAAGUUGAUGCCUUUUUUCUUGAUCUUGGACACUGGAAGUCCUAUAACAUGGGUUCAAUGUGAAGGUUGCAAUCCUUGCUUGCCCCUAUCGCAACCCAAUUUCCCAUACAGAAUAUCUCAGAGUUAUAAAUCUAUUCCUUGUGGUGACCCAACAUGUCCAACUCCAAACCAAGAUUGCUUUCAAUCAUUUUGUGGAUUCAGCAUACGCUAUGGUGAUAGCUCUGGACCCAUAACAAUGGGAACCAUUAUAAGAGAGACCUUAACCUUCCCUUCUAAUUUUGGAGGUACGGAAUCUUACAACAAGUUCUUCUUGGGUUGUGGCAUUCAGAGCUACAACUAUAACUUUCCACGAGAGAGCGCAAUUGCUGGGAUUUUGGGCUUAGGUCCUGGAGGCCCUGGAACUCGUCCCUUAUGGGACCAAGCAGCCAAAAAAUGCUUCUCUUAUUGUCUAUUUACCUCUGAACACACCAAUUCUCAAUUAUAUAUUGGAGAAGGUGCAAGGAUGGUAGGACCACAAGUUCUAGCUACACCAUUACUAAGAGGAUCUAGCCCAUUACUAUACUACGUGGACUUGCAGGAUAUUAGCAUCGCUAAUGUUCGCCUUGGACUGCAGGGAUCCUUCUCUGGGGGUUGUGCCAUAGAUACAGGAGCUGCGUUUACUUCACUUGUUUCUAAUGCUUAUGCUCGUGUGAGAAGUGGUCUUGUUCAAUACUUUGCACAGUUUCAUAUUCAACCAUACGACAGCGGAAGUAGACCAAGAGGUGUGCCAAUAUUAGAUCUAUGUUUCCCUAAGCCGUCUGGUUUUAUUACAUUUCCAACUAUGACGUUCCAUUUGAGAGGAAAUGACCUUGUUGUAAAACCAACUGGGGUGUUUAUAGCAACGGGAAAUUAUGUUUGUGUUGCACUUAAAUCAGGCGUCAGUACAAUGAUUGGAUCUUAUCAACAAACACAAUACAAAUUCUCCUAUGAUUUGGAGUUGGGAGAUAAAAGCCGAGGAGAAAUAGGUUCUCUUCUCUUUGCUCCUCAGAAUUGUGGGUCCCCUGCUUAA